GCGACGCUGUUUCACUCUGGCUGCCUCUUCGUUAGACUGGGAGGCAGAGCCGGAGCCGUGCCCAGGCCCAGCGGGGGCUGCAGCCUGAGCCCGGCGGUGUCCUCCGCCUGCCCCCUCGCCCUCCUCAGCCUCGGUGCCUUGGAAUUUGUGUUGCUGAGUCAGCAAGCCUUUCAGAUUUGCCCGGUUUUUGUUGUUGGCAUUUUAUAACAAGAUGGGAACUCAAACAAGUCAUUCCUCUUAAGGAUCUGGUCUCUCCAUCAAGAAGGCACAGUUUGUGCCAGCUCUCCAGAGAGAAAAGAUAAAUUCAGGUGGCUUCCUGCCAGCAGCUUCUCCUGUUUAACCAGUCUUAGAAGAUGCUUUCCACCUUCAGACGUGCUUUAUGGGAUGAAGGACACGAGUCACGGUUUCUGCAUUUGAACUGGAAAUUUUAGUUUCUUUUGUUACUUGAACCUUUACUGGAUGCCUCCUUUUUGUCAAGCCCCAUGCUCAGUGCUGGGGGUACGGUGACCAGGCACAAAAGCUCUGUCUUCCAGGAGCUCAUUGUUUGGUAGAAAAGAUAAACAAACCAUAGACAGUGACAAGGUGUUGUCAGUGUGAUACAUGUUGAGGAGUGGAUAAUCACAGGGCGGAGCCCACCCCACCCUUGCCCAGGAGGGAAGGUCCAGAAGCCUCCAGAAGAUGAUAGCUAAGGUUGUGAAGAAGGAGUAGGACCCAGGAAGUAGGGGGCAGAGCCUGGCAGAGGAGUCAUUAUACGCAAAGUCGUGAAGAAACCUGGCAUGUCUGGGUCACCGUAAGCAGCUCAAUGUGGCUGAAGCGACAGCGUGUGGAUGCGGGGCCGAGAAGCCUGGAAAGGAGUCCGUGCCCUAGUGGAGGGGACAAGUAGAUAAUUGCACUCAGAUGUCACAUGGACAUUGGUGGUUAGAAGAGGCCACUUCUCCGUGCAGGGCAGGAGUGGAUGUAGGACAGAUUUCACCGGGCAGAGAGUCUCAGGCUGGGAAUUAAGAAUUGAGUCUCCUGGAAGCGCUGGGCAAUGGACCUGAGACUCGAGCCCAGAGUGGUCUGAAGCCGUUGGGGAAAACAGAGGGAGUCCUGGGGAAGAUGGCCAUGGCCCCAAGCCCUUCCCUGGCUCAGGUGUACACCAGCCCGGUGGCAGUGGCCGUGUGGGAAUGGCAGGACGGGCUGGGCACCUGGCACCCCUACAGCGCCACUGUUUGCAGCUACAUCGAGCAGCAGUUUGUCCAGCAGAAGGGCCAGCGCUUCGGGCUGGGGAGCCUGGCCCACAGCAUCCCCUUAGGCCAAGCUGACCCCUCACUGGCUCCUUAUAUCAUCGACCUCCCCAGCUGGACGCAGUUCCGCCAGGACACUGGCACCAUGCGGGCUGUGCGGAGGCACCUAUUUCCCCAGCACUCGGCCCCGGGCCUGGGCAUCGUCUGGGAGUGGCUGAGUGACGACGGCUCCUGGACGGCGUAUGAAGCCAGCGUCUGCGACUACCUGGAGCAGCAGGUGGCCAGGGGCAGCCAGCUCAUGGACUUGGCUCCCCUGGGGUACAACUACACCGUCAACUACGCCACCCACACGCAGACCAACAAGACUUCCAGCUUCUGCCGGAGCGUGCGGCGCCAGGCAGGGCCCCCGUACCCAGUGACCACUGUCAUCGCUCCACCGGGCCACACGGGAGUGGCCUGCUCUUGCCAUCAGUGCCUCGGCGGCGGUGCAGCCGGCCCCGUGUCAGGCCGCUACCGCCACUCCAUGACCAGCCUUCCCGCCUACCCAGUCCCCCAGCCACCCCACAGGACCGCCGUUGUUUUGGGGGCCCACCAGGCCUUUGCUCCGUACAACAAACCCUCACUCUCUGGGGCCAGGUCUGCGCCCAGGCUGAGCACCGCCAACCUCUGGGCUGGGGCGCUGCCCUCCCUGGGGAACCAGCCCCUCUACCGCUCCAGUCUCUCCCACCUGGGACCUCAGCACCAGCCCCCAGGACCUUCCGCUGCCGGCGCAGCCAGUGCCUCCCUGCCCGGCGGUCCAGUGAGCAGCCCCAGGAGCGUCCCCGCCACGGUGCCCGUGCAGAUGCCGAAGCCCAGCAGGGUCCAGCAAGCUCUCGCAGGCAUGACGAGUAUUCUGAUGUCAGCCAUUGGACUCCCUGUGUGUCUUAGCCGCGCACCCCAGCCCGCCAGCCCUCCCGCCUCCUGUCUGGCCUCUAAAAGUCACAGCUCAGUUAAGAGAUUGAGGAAAAUGUCCAUGAAAGGAGGGCCUCCAAAGCCAGAGCCAGAGCAGGUGAUAAAAAACUACACAGAAGAGCUGAAGACGGCCCUGGAUGAGGACUGCAUCAUCUGUAUGGAGAAGCUGUCCAUGGCGUCCGGCUACAGCGACGUGACCGACAGCACGACCUUCGGGCCGGUGGCUGUGGGCCGCUUGGCCAAGUGCAGCCACGCCUUCCACCUGCUCUGCCUGCUGGCCAUGUACUGCAACGGGAACAAGGAUGGAAGCUUGCAGUGUCCUUCCUGCAAAACCAUCUAUGGGGAGAAAACUGGAACCCAGCCCCGGGGGAAGAUGGAGGUGUUCACGUUCCAGGUGUCCCUCCCCGGCCACGAGGACUGUGGGACAAUCCUCAUAGUCUACAACAUUCCCCAUGGCAUUCAGGGCCCGGAACACCCCAACCCUGGAAAGCCGUUCACUGCCAGAGGAUUUCCCCGCCAGUGCUACCUUCCGGACAACGCCCAGGGCCGCAAGGUCCUGGAGCUGCUGAAGGUGGCCUGGAAGAGGCGACUUAUCUUCACAGUAGGGACGUCCAGCACCACGGGGGAGACCGACACGGUGGUGUGGAACGAGAUUCACCACAAGACAGAGAUGGACCGCAACGUGACAGGCCACGGCUACCCCGACCCCAACUACCUGGAGAACGUGCUGGCCGAGCUGGCCGCCCAGGGGGUGACUGAGGACUGCCUGGGGCAGCAGUGACCUGGGGCGCAGGCGUGCUCCCCCCGAGCCCAGGCCACUCCUGCCUGCCUGGCCCCGUCCCCCGUCCCCACCAGGCCUGGGUCUGCGUGGGAACUGGGCGAGCCUGGGAGUCAUACUUGGGAGGGCUUCGGAUGCAGCUACCUCAGUGCGUGGGCCCCUCCAUCCUUGGUGGGCCGCGUUGGGCCCUCGGUGCCGGGGGCCCUGCAGGGGGUGAGGAGAGACUGCCUGCUGCGCCCCCAGCCAGGGGCGGGCCUGGGUCUGGGUCAGCUUCUCAUACCUCACAUGUUCUGUUUGCAAUAAAUGCCCUAUAGCCAAA